AUGAGCUUGGGAGCGUCCCAGGUGCUGGGUCCGGGAGACCCCGUCCUGGAGCUGCCGGAGUCGGGGGAGGUCCGAAUCGGCAGCGGCGUCCGCCUGCAGGACGGGUGCAUGGCGGCGUCCAAGGCGGGCAGGCUGCAGCGGACCAACAGGGGCAAGUUGUGGAUCAAGGGCAGGCAGAAAAAGUACAUCCCGCGGGUUGAUGACGCCGUGGUCGGCAUCGUGAGGGACAGGCUCCCCGAGAACUUCAUCGUGGACAUCAACGGCCCCUUCAACGCCGAUCUGCCGCUGCUGGCAUUCGAGAACGUCACGCGCCGCAACAUCCCAGCCCUCAAGGCCGGCGACCUCGUCUACGCGCGCGUGACCGCCGCCGACCGCGACCUCCACCCCGUCCUCGCCUGUACCAACGCGCUGGGCAAGGCCGCCGGCAUGGGGCCCCUCUCCGGCGGCAUGACCUUCAGCGUGUCCAGCGCCACGGUGGCGUCCCUCCUAGCGGUGCCGCCGCACCCCGCGCUGGCCGCGCUGGGCGCCGCGUUCAAGUUCGAGGUCGUCGUGGGCGUCAACGGCUUGUGCUGGGUGGACGCGGAUAAGCUGGCGACCUGCGUGCUGGUGGCCAACUGCAUACGGAACUGCGAGGACCUAGGCGCGGAGGAGGCGGGGGCGGUGACCAAGAGGAUCGUGCAGGCCAUGGCCGGGUAG